UCGGAUUGUGAGUGAAUGUGCAGACUGAAUGCAAUUCAAUUGGAGGAGAAAGAGAAGAGGGCGAAAGAACUUAAGAGAUACAAAACUGAGUUCUACAGGAAGCGGAAGCUUGCAUGUGAGAACAACAGAGUUGCCAACAGGGAAAAGGAGAAGCUGUUUUUGGAAAAACAAGAGACGUUUCACGGAGAAGCUAACAAGAGUUACUGGAAAGCAAUUGCAAAGCUCAUCCCCAACGAAGUACCAACAAUAGAGAAGAGAGGAAAAAAGGAGAAAGCAAAGCAGCCUUCCAUUGCUGUGACAGGCCCAAAACCGGGCAAGCCAACCGAUCUUUCAAGGAUGCGCCAUAUACUCGUGAAGCUCAAGCAUAAUCCACCACCCCACAUGAAUCCGCCACCACCACCACCUUCAUUAGAAACCAAAAAAGAUGGCAAUGUGGGGCCGUCACCUCCGGUUGCAGCCAACAAUUCUUAGCAGACCGCUGUUGUAGCUCCCAAGGGUUUAGUUGUUGCUUGACAAAUGGAGAGUAGUUGCAUGCUGUAUAUGAUUCUCUUUGU